CGCCCCGCAACAUUCACCUGCGCCUGAAUCUUAAUGACAACAACCUCUUACGACGCAGGAAACGAAAACAAGCAUGUCCACAACUCCAACACCCUACAAGCCGUCCCCGCUCUCGUUCAACAGUCCGCGCACAUCUCCCUUUCGCCGCCCCAACUCGCCGCUCGCACUCUCCCCGUCCACCCUGCGACCAUCAACGCCAAAUAGCUCACCGCUCAAACCAAAAGAGGCCACACCUUCCCAAGCCGCUCUCCGCCAGACCACUACUAGCAACGCCUCAAACAACCCACCUACAUGGCUGAACACGCGUGGAACCACGACCGUACCUGAACCACCUUCCUCGCCAACCCGCAAUCUCUCAACCGCUACACAGCAUACAGUACGGCCGACGAACACUGCCUCAAUUGCCGCGCGAUUCGAUAGCGCCUCCCUAAAUCCACCCCCUGCUCCUCGAUCCGCUCCAGCCCCACGAACCGGCUCGAGUGAUGCGCUAUCCAAAAUCCCUCCUCCACUCUUACAUAGCAUGCGCGAAUCCUUUAGUGUGCUUGACCGGGACAACAACGGCAGCCUGAACUCGGCAGACGUAGCCGAUAUGCUCUCCCAACUCGGUCUCAGCGCUACUCCAUCGACACUCGCAUCAUAUUUUCCCAAUGGCGCACACUCAAUCAACUUGGCGACAUAUCUGAGCACGCUGUCGGACCUAUUAGUGGGACUCUCACAUCCAAGCGAGCUAAACGCUGCAUUUGAAGCUUUCGAUGAUGGGGACGACGGCCAGAUUGACCUAGGUGAGCUGAAAGAUGCUUUACUGCACACGGCACCAGAAUCUGGGGAGAGAAAGUUAACUGAAAGGGAAAUUGACAUGGUGGUUGAAGGCUUCAGCGGGAGGAGAGCAUUCGGCAAGGGCGGUAAGGGUCUCGGAAGAGGCGAGGUGUUUCGAUACCAGGAAUUUGUCACCAGCGUAGCUGGUGGUGGAAACGGGGGCGAGAAUGGAGCUGGCGCUGCCACGCAGUCAUAAAAAUAGCCUGCUUUGGUCAAGGGAAGGGCUCGCAUCUUAGGACCUCACGGCGUUUAAUGGGUUGUCUUAAUAAUGACUCGAAAGGCUUAGUUCACAGGAGCGUGGGAUCGAUACAUUUCUCCGAUGAAGACUACCAGUAGUAGAAGUUCCUUUCUUUAUCGUUCAGAUCAUACCCCUUAACCUUGAAAGAAAGUGUACGACAAGGACAGACCGAUGUAUUUCAUAAACAUUUAUCCGAACCCCUCCAACAAAUUAAAACAUAUCAGUGUAUCCCUACCUUCUCUUGUAGCCUUUUGGGCACGAGAACGAGAUGGUAGGAUAUCAUGCCGACUGCAGCUGCCCUAACUCAGUCUUUCUAAAUUCCAGUACAGCCCAAGUCUGCACGUGCACGUGCAUCGUUCGCC